ACUUUUCUUAGACAGAAGGCUAGUGUUUCGUUUUCCGUUCCUGUUGUGACUUGCGAGAAUGGGUUCGCUUUUCAGAAGCGAAGAGAUGCAGUUAUCUCAGAUGUUUUUGCAUACUGAUAUAGCUUACAUGUGUAUAUCAGAAUUGGGGGAGUUGGGAUUAGUCCAGUUUCGUGAUACUGUCCCUGGUACCAACGCCUUCCAGAGAAAAUUUGUGAACGAGGUGCGAAGAUGCGAUGAAAUGGAUAGAAAGCUACGGUUUUUAGAGAAAGAGAUUGAAAAAGACAAAUUUCCUAUAUUGGAUACUGGAGAAAAUCCUGAAGCUCCCGCUCCUCGUGAAAUCAUAGAUUUAGAAAGCAUAUUCGAGAAACUAGAAAAUGAGCUUAAAGAAGUUAAUUCAAGUGCAGAAAAGCUGAAAAAGACAUACUUGGAGUUGUCAGAGUUAAAACAAAUUUUACGCAAAACUCAAACCUUCUUUGACGAAGUACGUGAUAACUGGUGGUUUCUGCUUUCGUGGAGCUAAUUUAUUUUAAAUCGUGAAGAGUAACUUCUUCGUACUGACUAUGCUGUAUGUUUUCGUGGGUUGUAAUCCAGCCACACGCCGUAGCAGAUGUCAACAUUUGACUGCUAGUCAACAAUUAUCAAGGCGUGCGGCGUUUUGGCACCCGUAGUAGUAGUAGUAGUAGUAGUAGUUGUUGUUGUUGUUCCUGUUAUUAUUUCGUAGGGUUUACAAAAUAAGAGCAGUUCUGUCAGAACUUAAAUUUACCGAUAGACCUCACUUUUCUAUGAAUGUUUGAGGUUAGUUCUUCAGUGAAAUGAACGCGUAUGUUAGUUCAAGUUUAGGACACUGUUGUAAUGACUUGAUGAACAGCUUAAAAGCUUUCAGCUCAGUUCGUUACUUUUCAGUAACAUUGUGAGGAAGAACAACUAAAUUACAGUGAACCGAACUAAUAUUAAUGGACAUUGAAUGGAAGCAGACGAAUAAUCAUGGUUUUUGUCACUUGGCUGGGUUAAUUCAGGACAUGUAGUUACAAACAUCUAGUUGAAAUGUAACUUCAUUUAGUGGGUAUUAUAAACUAUCCGGGCAGCAAGAUGUACGCUCUAUCUUAUUGUUUGGUCUAUCAGUUUUUUCAAAGUUUAUUUUUGCAGCUGCACGGCUGUUUUUUUUCUUGUUCACAAGCCAUGUUUUGACGUGAGUUCGCUUGUGAAGUAUCUGCGUGUAUUCAUGAUCUUAUACAAAAGUGUCGACAGAAUAGUCAACAUGCAUGGAAAUACUGCUACUUAAGUCACACUCAGCUUCGUGUGCUCCAAUAAUUUACACGGGGUUAUCAACUAAGUGCUCUAAAUUCGGUAGACGGGUAGUUUUUAAACACGUUUAAGUAGUUGGGUAUCGAGGCACUGAUUAUAUGUGCUUCUGAAAUGUCUUCACAGAACUGUACUUUAGAAUACAAAGUAGGUUCAUGUUCAACUGUGGAUUCUAAGGAUUAUUCAUUCGAUAAUAGGGUAUAAGGUAGUCACAACUUAAAGGCAAACAUGUUUGGUAUUCAUAAAGAAGUAAUGUAGGUUUGUCGCAUGCAAAAACUACCAGGCGUGCAUCUUCAAGUUGCUUUUUCUGAGAUGAUAAAGGUAUUAAAGUAGGAACAGCUGUCUGUUUGAGCCGUAGUUGCGUCAUGUUAUGCACUGAACAUGUCUAGCCUGUUUCACAUAUCCACAUAUUUUUAUGCAAUUAGUGUUCUGUCAUGAGUCGUGAAAGCAUCCUAUGUUCAUAUUGGGGUUCUAAUGCUUGGUUACAUACUUCUGUUAGUUUUGGGUUUUUUUCUUUCCUUAGUUGCUUUGAUGUUCCUGGAUUUGUGAAAGUCACAAGAGUAUAUUCGUUUAAAACCAAUGCAAAGUAAUCAACUGCAACUAACGAAACUAAUGACCUUAUCGGAUUUAUUAGUGUGAUUCAUACGUUAGAUUAGUUUAAUAAGUAAACUUUCAUUACUGGUGAGUCUGCAGCAAUCCGUAGUUAUGAACUGCUUUCAAACGGUUGGUUCAAAUCCUACCAGGAAUGGCUGCAGAGAAUUCACGUUUGUAAUGAUAAGUUGUGCCAGGGGGAAAAUGAGUGUUGCAAAAACAGGUUGUGCUUUGGACAUCUUCAGGUCGUCCAUUGCUCUUUUCCUUAUUAUGUUAUGGUUAUCUUUUAUUGCCUGAGCCGUUGUCUGGUCCUUUUGUCGGUUCGUCCGACCUCGGUGUUGUACUGGUGUGAAUAAAUUAGUGCCAAGCUUUACCGACUGAACGUCUGACCAUACCUUCCAAUGAUUUGCCCCUUCGUCGACUGACUCGCAAACAGGCGCUGCAUGAUCCUGCGAUGUCGGAAGAAAAUAUUGGACUUCUUGGUGGUGAAGGAAUGAGUGCUAGUGGCGCUGCUGGUGGAUUGCGGUUAGGGCAUAGCAAAGAUAAUUUAUCAAUCUGGUGCUUGUUAAUCCCACAAGUCCUCUUCCUCUCAUGCAUCUUUCUCUAUUUGGUGAUAUUAAUCUUCUUCAAAUGGAUGGCGUAUACCGCAGAGACUGCUUCUUUGGCUCCAAGUCUUAUUAAUUAUUCAUUAAGUUUAUUAUUUAUAUUUCUACAAAAGUUUGUGAAUAGCGUCAAUUUAUUAGCAAUAUUCCUCGCUGGAAUCAUCCUGCGGGAACGGUUACCGGCUUUCGAACGAAUGCUGUGGCGCGUUUGUCGGGGAAACGUUUUUCUUAAGCAAGCGGAGGUGGAUGAUCCACUGGAAGAUCUCACAACGGGUGCACCAGUCCACAAAUCCGUAUUUUUGGUAUUCUUUCAAGGUGAUCAACUUCGAACUCGUGUUAAAAAGAUAUGCGAUGGGUUCCAUGCGACGUUGUAUCCAUGCCCGGAUUCACAGGCUGAUCGACGCAAUAUGGCUAUUGAAGUAAUGGGCCAAAUUCAGGAUUUAGAAACAGUACUAACACAAACGAAGCAACACCGUCAACGCAUUUUGGAAACCGCUGCUAAAAAUCUACGAACUUGGUUUAUAAGAGUCAGGAAAAUUAAAGCUAUAUACCACACUUUGAAUUUGUUCAAUCUUGAUGUUACUACAAAAUGUAUGGUCGGAGAGUGUUGGUGUGCAGUUAAUGAUGUGGAUAAAAUUAAUUUGGCACUGCGUCGUGGGAUGGAGCGUAGCAACAGUACCCUGCAACCAAUUUUGAAUGGGAUAGUAACAACAGAAAACCCCCCGACGUACCAUCGAACGAAUAAGUUUACGUUUGCUUUCCAAAGUAUCAUCGAUGCUUAUGGUGUCGCACGUUAUCGUGAAGUAAACCCUGCACUAUUCACAAUCAUCACAUUCCCAUUCCUGUUCGCUGUUAUGUUUGGUGAUGCUGGUCAUGGGUUGCUUAUGUUUCUUUUCGCUCUAUGGAUGGUCUUGUGUGAGCGGAAAUUAAGUGCUAAUAAAUCUGGUGGUGAAAUUUGGAAUAUAUUUUUCAAUGGUCGUUAUAUUAUACUGCUUAUGGGCCUAUUUUCAAUAUACACUGGGUUGAUAUAUAACGAUAUAUUCUCUCUGUCUGCCAAUAUUUUUGGAUCUUCUUGGUACCCAACGUACGACAAUCAAGCUCUAUUGCCAGGAGUCAGACUUCAGUUAGAGCCUCGCACAAGUGUUAAUGUAUCUGACCGAAUGUAUGCUGGUUAUCCUUAUCCUUUUGGUUUGGAUCCUGUCUGGCAGUUAGCUGGUAACAAAAUUAUGUUGACUAAUUCCAUCAAGAUGAAGAUGUCUGUUGUUUUGGGGGUACUGCAUAUGUUGUUGGGUAUUUCUUUAGGUGCUUUUAACUACAGGCAUAGCAAAGAUAAUUUAUCAAUCUGGUGCUUGUUAAUCCCACAAGUCCUCUUCCUCUCAUGCAUCUUUCUCUAUUUGGUGAUAUUAAUCUUCUUCAAAUGGAUGGCGUAUACCGCAGAGACUGCUUCUUUGGCUCCAAGUCUUCUUAUUGGUUUAAUCAACAUGAUUCGUUUCAGCUAUCCUGAAGAAAUUCCACCUUUGUACGCAGGACAGCAAGCUGUUCAAAGUCUGCUGAUGAUUAUUGCGGUUAUAUGUGUUCCUUGGAUGUUAUUGGCAAAACCAUUAAUUUUGUAUAUGCGUCACCGUGCCAUCAUGAAGAAUAAACAUUAUGUGGAACCUGGUUCAAGUGUACGGGUGAUCGUUGGUGGUGUUACGAAUCCAAAUAUGGAUGAGAAUUUCGGUGGUGAUAAUGGGAUUGUAUACAGUGAUAUGUCCCCAUUACAUAGAUCAUCUGAAAACCAAUCUAAGCUUUCAUUAGUUAGUCAGAAAACAGAUUCUCCAGGUAGUCAUGAUAUUGAUAAGUUUGACUUCGGAGAUAUCAUGGUUCAUCAAAGCAUUCACACGAUCGAGUAUUGCUUGGGCUGCAUUUCUAACACUGCAUCCUACCUUCGUUUGUGGGCUUUAAGCUUGGCACAUGCACAGUUAUCGGAGGUUCUGUGGAGUAUGGUUAUGAAGUUGGGUUUGAGUAUGCCUGGUCUUUAUGGUGGUGUUGUAUUGGCAUUCAUUUUCGCUUUUUGGGCGGUGCUAACCGUAAGCAUUCUUCUAUGUAUGGAGGGAUUGUCUGCAUUUCUGCAUACGCUACGUCUCCACUGGGUGGAGUUCCAAAAUAAAUUCUACAGUGGCGAUGGCUAUCCUUUCGUUCCUUUUUCAUUUGACCAUUCCAUAAGUUCGGGGGAUAACUAGAAUCGUAACAUUACUAUUGCUUUACUCUUUUCAUGUGAUUAUUUGUAGCUCACUUUCCAUGAAUGUGAUAACUCUUGAAGACCAUGAUAACUAUUUAUCUAUGUUAUCCGUAUUGCUGUGAUCGUGUCUCAUAAUAAUUUGUCUACUAACGCCGUCAAUGAUUAUUUACUUUUGAGCAAAUUAAAUUAUUAAGGAAGACCUCAUUUACUGAUUUAAUCUCUGUUAUUUGUUGUCAAAUGACUUUGUUCCCCCAUUUCUGUUUGUCUUACUACUACUAAAUACAGUCGGUCUACCGUACCAUUUAACU